AUGGCGGAGGCUCCUGAUCCUCGCGGACAACAUUUUGUUACGUGUCAGCGGUGUGAAGACAACGUACAAUUCUACUGUGGACCGUGCAAAAUAAGACUUUGUGUCAAAUGUGUGUCUCCUCAUCUGGAAACUAACGCACCAGACCAUAAUAUUGUGUAUUAUCACAAACGAUUUGGGAUGACAACUAAAUCUCUUCACGAUCCCCAGAUAACUGGGACGAUACCAUGUGGAUACCAUGCCAUGCUUUGCACUAGAUAUGCCGGAGACGGCCAGAUCUGUGUUAGUUCGCACGUAUCGUUUGAUAUUAAACGUUUUUAUACGAAUGGGACUUUAGUAAAUACGCUUACUCCUAGUAGUUUGGCCAUGUACCUGACUCCAAAUGAAGACGGUGUGUUGUACACAGGAACUGGAGGAAUACGAAAAGUCAACUCUCAAGGAGAUAAGUUAUUUUUACCAAUUGAAGGAAACUUAAAGGGCAUUAAAUUUGUGCAACCUGAUACCAUAUUUGUCUGCAACUUUUCCAAAGUUGAAAAGUAUUCAACUGGAGGAAAACGGCUUUUAGAAAUUGAAUAUAACGACCAGGGAGAGCAGAUUUAUGGAAGACUUGAAAAUAUUUCAAUAAAUGGAAACGAAGAUAUUUGUGUGUCUGGGUAUGCUAACAACCAUGAAUCUUAUCAUGUGGUUACUGUGGUUGAUAAGUAUGGAAAAUAUCGCUUCACUUACACCCCAACGCCUAAAGCUUACAAUCAUCCAGUGGAUCUCUGUUGCGAUUCCUAUCUCCAUAUUAUUAUAGUUUCUAAUACAAUACAUGUGAUUGACAAAGAUGGUAACUUUCUGAGAUAUUUGUUGUAUGAUGGGAUAAAAAAUCCUUGGAGUGUGACUAUUGACAGAGAGGACAAUCUAUAUGUUUCUGAAAUGCAUGACGAUUAUUUACGAAUGAUGAAAUAUAUGUACUGA